AUGCUGGAAAAGAAUAGUAGUGCCGUCUCUGACAGCCUUCCUCCAACCGUUCAUAAUGUAGCUGCAACAGAAGCACUUGUUGAUGAUGACUCCAGCUCUGAUAGUAUCCAGUUUGGAGUCAAGCAGGCCGAAGCCGUUGCGGCAGCUUGGUCUCUAAAGUCACUCAUCAUAGCCUACGUCGGGGUGUUCGUGGUCUUUUUCGUCAACUCCCUGCAGCAGCAGAUGGCCAACAGUCUUAACCCCUAUGUCACCAGCGCCUUUUCGAAACAUGCUCUUCUAUCCUCCAUCUCAGUGGUGUCAAGCCUUGCGGGGGCCAUCAUGAAGCUUCCUGUCUCUAAGAUCAUUGAUAUCUGGGGGCGUACAGAGGGGUAUCUGUUAAUGGUUGGCUUCUGUGUCAUCGGCAUGAUCAUGAUGGCUACUAGCAACUCCAUCGAGGCAUAUGCAGCAGCUCAGGUCUUCUACUGGAUUGGUAAUAAUGGCAUUGCCUAUGUCCUCGACGUGUUUCUGGCAGACACCUCUAGCCUUAAAAACCGAGGAUGGCUUCUUGCAUUCUCUACCAGCCCUUUCAUAGCCACUACUUUUGCCGGCCCUGCAUUAGCACAGGCAUUCCUCAAGACCUAUGGCUGGCGGUGGGCGUUUGGCACUUUUGCCAUCCUCAUCCCGGUUGCUUCGUUGCCAAUGGUAGCCAUCUUUCUCCAUAGCAGCUUCAAGGCUGUGAAGAUGGGAUACUUAAGAUCAGGCAGGUCCGGCCGUUCUUUCUGGCAAAAUGUCGUUCAUUACACGAUUGAGUUUGAUGUUGCCGGGAUGAUUCUUCUUGUUGCAGGGCUUACUCUCUUGCUUCUCCCGAUAAACUUGGCUACUUACCAGGCUGAGAAGUGGAGGUCGCCAGCCAUGAUCUCUAUGAUUGUUAUCGGCGGUUGCUCUUUGUCUGCCUUUGCCAUAUGGGAGAUUCGAUUUGCCAAGGUCCGCUUUGCACCCUUCCAUCUAUUAACUGACAGAACUGUGCUUGGAGGUUGUCUCCUGAGCGCAACUCUAUUCCUUAGCUUCUACUGCUGGGACUUGUACUUCCUAUCAUACUUGCAAGUUGUCCACAACCAAAGUGUCCGCAAUGCAGGCUACAUUGCAAACAUCUUCAACAUCGGAGGGUGCAUUUGGGCCCUUGUAAUUGGGGCCAUCAUCCGCGUAACUGGGCGCUUUAAACCAUUUGCCCUCGCGGCCGUUCCCCUCCAGGCACUCGGAAUCGGUCUCAUGAUCAUAUUUCGCCAGCCAGGCUCUCACAUCUCCUUAGUGAUUGUCUGUCAAUGCAUCAUUGCCAUCUCUGCCGGCACACUGCAGAUCUGCGAACAGAUAGCAGUCAUGGCAGCAGCAAGCCACAGCGAAGUAGCCAUUGUUCUGGCUUUGCUGGGCCUGUUCAGCAACAUCGGUGGAGCGAUUGGCCAGACCGUCGCGGGGGCUAUCUGGAGCCACACUAUUCCGGAGCAGCUUGGGAUUUUGCUUCCAGCCAAUGCAAAGGAUCAAGCUGCUGCGAUCUAUGCAUCCCUAACCACUCAGCUUAGCCACCCCGUGGGGUCACCCAUCCGCAACGCCAUCAUCGCCGCCUACGGUGAGGGCCAACGCUGGAUGUUGGUUGUAGGAGUCGGCGUCCUUGCUCUCGCCAUGUCGUCAGUCAUUUUGUGGAGAAACAUCCAGCUCAAGAAUGUUCACCAGGUCCAGGGCACCAUCGUCUAA